CAGCAACCCGCUCUCCCUGCUGUGUCACACACAUGGCUGACGAAUGACUGAACUGGGAAUGGACAGGGUACAUGCAGUGAAAUCUACAGAUAUAAUGGAUUCAGAAACGUCGUUCACCUUCAGUAGAAAGCUCCUGUUCACUGCCAGUCAAAAUUUAAUCAAAAGCCGUAGUAGAAAUCACACACUCAUACUACCAACUGCAGCUGUCAGGCACACAGACUUGUGGGAAAUAAAGCCACCUGACUUUAGCCCAAAACUGUACCGCACUCUAAGCUUGCCUCGGAUCAAGAAAAAAACACUCGACCCAGCUAUAUUAAAAGAAGGAUUAGAAGAAUUAUCUCAAAGCCUUCAUAUAAUACCUACUGUCAUGCGAUCCAAACAAGAACAGAAGAGGAAUAUACCAGUGUUCAUCACAUCAUACAAACCACCUGGACUACUGGAAUUACAGCUACAGUUUGUGAAGUUGGGACAGUUUCCGUGUGGUCCCUACAAAAACCCGAAGCCUCAUGAUUUCAGACCUUGUGAUGAAAACUUGCCAGACAUGGUGACUUCCAUAGCAAAGGAUCCUGGAAAUUUGAACCUUAAGACUCCGUUCUUGGGAGCAAGGAUCCAGCCUGAGGCAAAUCCUCCAAAAGGAGAGCCAGCCAGGAACAUGAUCACCUUCAAACCAGCAGAACCCAAAUGGGAUGCAGGACUCAUACUACCGAAGUCCCCAUGGCCACCCAUGUCAGCUACUUACACAAGGCAUCGGUGCAGGAGAGGGGUGUACAGUGCGUUUAUGGACCGUGUGGAAGAGAAACUCACCAGAUCUUGGAUGAAAUAAAAUGUUCUAACAGUCAAAUAGUACUUUGAGUGAAGGCAGAAUAAACUGGUUUUCAUCAAGUAUUCCUGAUGUGUUAACUAAACUGUGAUUCACUGGUCUUACAGGAUUUGUCAGGAAGUCCUUUCUACCAAAUACAUUUAAGGUGAUGUUAGUAUUUGUUUAUGAUUAUGGAUACAGUUAUGCUCAACAUUUAGAUUUUACUUUUCAGCAAAUACCCAUCACCAAUAAAACUCAUGCCUGUAUAGCAUGCCUGUAUGUUUUCUCUGUGCCUGCCUGGGUUUCCUCAGAGUUCUGAUUUUUCCUCUCGCAUCCCAAAAAUAUGCCAGUAAGUGAAAUAGUAAAUUUGUGUGUGCAUUCCCACCUUACACGAAGUGUUCCUGGGAUAGGCUCUAGACCCAACACCACCCAGACCAGGAUAAAGCAGUUACUAAAGAUGAAUAAAUAAAUUUAAAAAACCACCCAAAAAUAUUGUAAUAUGUAUUUAUCUAUAUCUAUUUAUAUCUUCAUCCUUUCUAUCUAGCUAUCUACUGUAUAUGCUGAAAAGUAUGUCCAUGACCAUCACACCCAUAUGUGCUUGCUGAACAUCCCAUUUCAGAUUUAGUCCCCCUUUGUGGUUAUAAAAUAAUAAAGAAGAGCAUUCUGGGAAUGCUUUUUACUAGAUUUUGGAGCGUGAUUGUGGGGAUUUGCAUUCAGCCCCAUGAGCACGAGCGAGGUCAGGCACUGAUGUCGGGUGAGGAGGCCUGGGGUGCAGGCAGCGUUCCAGUUCAUCCCAAACCGUGUCUUCAUGGAGCUCGCUUUGUGCAAAAAAAAAAAAUACAGUGCAUGGUGUCAUUUUAAAGUGUUGGCAUAAAAACAUAUUUUUGGCUUUGGUGUAUAAAUGAAUAAAUAAAUGAAUGUGUUAAUAGCUCUCUGCGAAGGGUGUUUUUUUUUUUUUUUUUUAAUUUUUUUACACAAAUGAAAAAUAUAAAACAUUGCUUUCACGCAUCCUUUAUUUCCACACUAAUGCUUUAGAUUUGAAUCAUUUUCAUUCUUAAUCACACAAUGAGCUGCUCAUCUGAAAG